AUGGCGCCAUCAUUGGAAGAGCCCGUAGUCACAGUGGCCCCGAUUGUGGCCAAGUUCACUGUCCCUGUCCGCGCGGAGGACCUCGCUGGCGACAACAAAUUUGGCUAUCAACCCGGCCGGACACCAGUCGCUCAACAUAACAACUAUGCACAUGAAGAUUUCUUGCCCUCGUUUCCUGACAUCCAAUGGGCUCCGCUUGAAUACACACCCUACCAGGACAAGGGACUACGAGGAGAUCAUAAAUUCCGCAAUCUUCUGAGAGAUGCCACAGAAGUUUUUGAUUAUAACCCUAAGAUUGGAACUGAGGUCCAUGGUGUUGAUCUUUCAAAACUCGAUGAUGCACAGCGGGACGACCUCGCCCGGUUGAUUGCGUACCGAGGCGUUGUCUUUUUCCGCUCUCAGAAAAACUUCGAUAUCGAGGCUCAACGCCAAUUGGGCCAAUAUUGGGGUAAGCUGCACAAGCACGCCACCACAUCCGUUCCCCGAAAGCCAGGCCUCGAGGACGUCCAUGUCGUGUACACUGGCGACAACUCCAGCGACAACCGUGCCCUCUUCACUCCCAGUUUCUUAUGGCACUCAGAUGUGACCUAUGAGAUACAACCACCAUCCUACACGUCACUUAAGAUCCUUUCUGGUCCACCCCGAGGAGGUGGUGGCGACACCCUUUGGUCCUCGCAAUAUGCCGCCUACGAUGUGCUCUCCUCGCACAUGCAAAACUACCUUAAAGGCCUUACAGCCAUCCACUCAGCAGAUAUGCAAGCUAACGACUCCCGGGCACUAGGUCGGCCAGUGCGCCGACGGCCCGUCACUACCGAACACCCACUCAUUCGUACGAACCCAGUCACCGGUUGGAAUGGACUCUUCUUCAACCCUGGCUUCGUGAAGAAGAUUGUCGGUAUCCCGGCCGCAGAAAGCGACGCUAUCAUCCGUUUCCUCACUGAUGUCAUCUCCACGACCCCGGAACUGCAUGCCCGCUUCUCAUGGGAUGAGGAUGAUGUCGCACUUUGGGAUAAUCGGUCCACCAACCACAGUGCUUCUUAUGGCUUUUCACCGCAUCGUCGCCAUGCUGUGCGGGUUGCGGUCCACGCCGAGAGGCCUGUGCUUGAAGAGUCUGGGAAGUCUCAAGAGGAUGAAAUCAAUGCCUUGUAUGGACUGCCGGCAGUCAACAAGGAUGGUUCUCGCCAAUCGAACUAUAACGACUAG